UAGGUGUGUUCUCCUUGUCAGGGUGUGUGGAGCCUGUAUUGAGAGCCUGAACAGCAGUAGGAUUCGUUGGCACGCUGGUGUAUAGUUUGGUUUCUGGCUGUUGGCUAUUUGGGUCAUCUGGUGAUCUAUCUGGGCAUUUAUACCGCCACACACUAGAAAAAGGACCAGUGCUGGUCAUAAAAAGAGUAUCGUGAAAGGUUUCAAAGGCAUCUGAUUCUUUGUACAGUUUGGCUAGAAGCAGGGAAUUAAUACAGAAAGCACGUGAGGUGAAAUGGGCAGAGUCUGUGUCGACAGCUUUGACGUUUCCAGAAAUGCCAGUCCCGGAGAAGACAAGGGCUCCGCUUUCCACCACAAUACGCAGUGGCGUCGGAGCUCCGUUCCGACGUCGUACUUGAUUGAAAACGGCUACGACAGCAACAACCACGGCAGCUUCCACACGUCGGGCAAACGGCGCAGCGUCACCCGCUCGUCGAUCUCCUCCAUCUACGGUUCCACCCCCCGGCCGUCCUUUUCGUCCUACCCAUUUUCGAGGACCGACUCGUUUUCGUCUGCUGCGACAUCCUCCUACUCCAAUGUCUUUGAGGAUGAGAAGCAAACGCUGAGUGUGGGUCACGGAAACAUCCUGGAACAAGACGAUGAUGAGGAGGAGGAAGAGGAGGAGGAAGGAGAAGAAGAAGAAGAAGAAGGGGACGAGGAUGAAGAGGACGAGGAUGAUGGAGACGAGGAAGAAGAAGAUGACGGUGAGGGCAUUCGCUGGAGCGGGGCGAACGAAGCAAGCUACAUACCCAGCCAGCUUGGAGAAGGCGACGACGACGACGAUGAAGAAGAAGACGACGACGUUGCUGGCGGCGAUGUUGAUGACGACGACAACGACGACGACGAACAAAGCUUCGGCAACACUCCAUUCUCAAUGGUUUCUGCAGGCGUACAUCGGUCUUCCUCCAUGCGCUCCCACGAACGCCCAAUAAUAUACAGGUGCAAGUCAUGCUACUGCGAUAUCUGCAUCUCAUCGCUCAUCAUCUCAAAGGACUUCUGGGGUAACAAGGGAGAAGCCUAUUUCGUGAAAAACGUGCUCAAUGUCCGUGAAGAUGCUAAAGAGGUGAUGAAGCAUAUGAGAACAGGCCAGUAUGGCGUUAAGGCGAUCUAUUGUGUCCAAUGUGAUACCGUUAUCGGAUGGAAAUACAUCACAAGCAUCGAACCCGUUGAAAAGUAUAAGGUGGGGAAAUACGUUAUUGAGAAAAACUUGUUGAAGACUUAUAAAGUUCCUGGUGGUGUCAGUUGAGUUUGCAUUUGGUUUCAUACCAUCACAUUGUUUCAUUUUCAUUUCUUUUUGUUUCUUUUUGGGUAAUUCGUGGUAUUCUUUCAGUUAUUCUUCCUUAAAUCUUAUCUUUUUUUCAUUGGUGUUUCUUUUUUAGUUUAUUUUAUCUUUUCAUUUUUCUCAAUUUUUGCUCCUUCGGUUUAGAUAUCUUUCCAGCUUCCGGUCUUAAGCUUCAACUUUUUCUCUGUGUUGGUAUAUUUUUCAGUUAUUUAUAUACUUGAUUCAACAACUUUUGUAUCACCCUACUCAAUCGAAUAUGCUA